AAUAAUUAGACCAAGCACUGUACCAAAAAUAAUAAUCGAAACGGCUGUUUGGGCAAGAGACACACAGUAGCAAGAGUGAAAACGGUGCGUUUAAUUUGGCGAAUUAAGAAAUUGGGUUUGUUUAGUGUAAAGCGAAGAGAGUGAAAGAGUGAGUUCUCAAGAUUCAGAUCGAGAUUGAAGUGAUUUGGUUGGUACUUCCUACUAUAGCAGCACCAAUCAACUCCACUUCUUACAACAACAAAUAAUAAUAAUUCAAUUCUCUUUCCUUCUUCAAUUCAUCAUCAUCAUCAUCAUCAUCAUCAUCAUCAUCAUCAUCAGGUUUCAAAUAUGAAUUUCUUGAUGCGUUCUACGACACAUGUAGAUAGAGAUAAUAAUAAUAAUAAUAAACCUUCGUCGGUUUCAGAAUCUCGUCUUGAUUCGCUUCCUCCACCUUCUGCGCCACUUACAGGCUCUCAUUCUUUGGAGAGUUUCUUGUCGGAUGAUCCGUAUGCUAAGUUUGGGACAAGAGUUGAACACUUUGAAGGAGAUAUUGAUACUGAAAAUGAUUUGAAAAAUGAUUUGGCUAAGCAUUUCGAUGUUUCUCAAGAACAAGGAUGGAUUGCUAUUCCUUUUAAAGAACUUCCUGAAGAUUGGAAUCACGUGUCAGAUAUCCAGUCACUGCAUCCUCUUGACCGUUCCUUUCUCUUUCCUGGUGAGCAAGUUCAUAUUGUGGCAUGCUUGUCUGCAUGUAAGCAGGAUACAGAGAUUAUCACUCCCUUUAAAGUUGCUGCCGUGAUGAGUAAGAAUACAAUAGGUCACAGCAUUAACAAAGAAAAUGGGAACAUCAAUAAUUCAGUAGCUGGGGAAGAGCAACUUAGUCCUAGUGGUCAAGAUCAGAACAAGGAAAACCUUCCAAAGGAAAAGAAUGAUCAUCCAACAGAUGUUGCUUCUGGUGAAUCCCUUCUAAGGAUGGAAGAUCACAGAAGACAAACUGCAUCGUUGUUGGAAAAAUUCAAGAGUUCGCACUUUUUUGUGAGGAUUUGUGAGUCUGAUGAGCCACUUUGGUCUAAACACGGUUCUUCAGAAAAGUCCAACUCCUCUAAAACAAAUGGCCAAAAGAUCUCAACAAUUGAAGUGAAAGAAACCGCAAAACACGAGUCUUCUAUUAGUGCAGUUAUUGAUAGAGCAAAUUUUGAUGCAACUAUUUCUGGUGGAGUGGCUAGAAAUUCUGUGAAGUGUUUUGCCCUACCUAAUGGAGAUAUAGUGGUUCUUUUACAGGUGAAUGUUGGUGUUAAUUUUCUUAGAGACCCUUGUAUAGAAAUUCUUCAAUAUGAAAAAUAUGAAGGGAAAAUAUUGUCUUCUGAGAACCAGGACAAUUCACUUUACACAAACCAGGAUCCAUGUGGAGACCUAUUGAAAUGGAUACUUCCAUUAGAUAACAUCCUUCCCACUGCGUCUCGCCCGUUAGCUCCUCUUUUGUCUACAAACUCUGGAAGUGGUAACACCUCUCAGAGGUCUAAUUCUACAUCCUCAUCUGGCCCUCAGAUAUUCUCUUUUGGCAGCCAUUUCAGAAGUUAUUCCAUGUCAUCAAUGCCCCAAAAUACUAGUGUGCCGCCUGCUGUUCCUUUGAAAGCAGCUAGUUCUAAGCCAAAUUUUGACAUUGAUGAUUGGGACCAGAUCUCAUCCCAGAAGUUUUUAAGGAAAAAAAAUGGGGCUGAAGAACUUUUAUCUUUUCGAGGUGUUUCAUUGGAGCGAGAAAGAUUUUCUGUUUGUUGUGGGUUGCAAGGUAUCCAUACCCCAGGAAGAAGGUGGAGAAGGAAACUUGAAAUAAUACAACCUGUAGAGAUUCAUUCUUUUGCUGCUGACUGCAAUUCAGAGGAUCUUCUGUGCGUUCAAAUAAAGAAUGUUGCUCCUGCACAUGCUCCGGAUAUUGUCAUAUAUAUAGAUGCCAUUACAAUUAUAUUUGAAGAAGCUACAAAAAGCGGACCACCGUCAUCAUUACCAUUUGCAUGUAUUGAAGCUGGAAAUGACCAUUCGUUACCAAAUUUAGCCCUCAGGAAAGGUGAGGAGCACUCUUUUAUCCUUAAACCUGCAACUUCUGUGUCGAACAAUCUAAAGGUGCUGGAGGAAAGCCCUCGCCUAUCAAAUUUGCAAUCUGGAAGCUCGGCAUCAAAAUUAAGUGUUUCUUCCAAUAAUAGUCUUGACAGAAGUAAGAUUUCUUCUAUCGAUGAUCAGUAUGCAGUUAUGGUGUCAUGUCGAUGCAAUUAUACAACGUCAAAAUUGUUCUUCAAACAACCAACCAGUUGGCGUCCACGUACAUCGAGGGAUAUUAUGAUUUCCGUUGCAUCUGAGAUGUCUGGAGAAUCUCCAGGACCUUAUGAAAGAAAUUCCCAACUUGCCGUGCAGGUUUUGACUCUUCAAGCUUCGAAUUUGACAUCUGAGGAUCUAACUUUGACAGUGCUUGCUCCAGCAUCUUUUAUUUCACCCCCUUCAGUGGUCUCACUGAGUUCACCAGCCACUCCAAUGAGUCCUUUUAUUGGUUUCACAGAAUUUUUGGGAAGAAUAAAUGAUGAUGGUAAACCUCAAACAGUUUCUACAAAUGAUGAUGUCAUCCCUAGCUCUGGCCUUAGUUGUACACAUCUCUGGCUCCAGAGUAGAGUUCCACUGGGAUGUAUCCCAUCUCAAUCCACAGCCACCAUUAAGCUUGAGCUACUCCCGUUGACUGAUGGCACAAUCACACUUGACUCUUUGCAAAUUGAUGUCAAAGAAAAAGGUCUUACUUACAUCCCUGAGCGCUCACUAAAGAUAAAUGCAACUUCUAGCAUUUCUAAAGGGAUUAUUUAAUGUAUACAAGCUGGUUGCAUUUCAUUAAACAUGUUAUCUGGCGCUGUAGAAGAAAAAUGGAAUGAAUUGUUUGCAUGGAUUUUAGAAUUGCUCUUGCAACUUGCUCCCAGUGGCACAAAGGUAUCUUCCCUUACUAGAGCAUUAUGAUGGAGUUGGCGUGUCGAAUUAUUUAGAAAUAGAGCUUAACUUUUGUAUUGUAAACCACGAGGUUAAGAAUAGAUGAUUGUUACAUACCCCUUUGAGGGGAAGAGUGUAAUCUUUUAUAGAUACAUCGAUUUUUUGUGAAGAUGUACGUAUAAGACUUCAGAUUUAGGUAAUGAAUGAAUGGCUUCUGGAUC